AGCUCGUUAGGCUUCCUACUUCCAACGACGUACGGCGGCUCGCCUUACGAAUCUGACUCUCACACCUACAACAUGGACCAGAACUAUAUUCCUCCUAUGCGCGUGUCGCAGCCCACUUCCACCCCCGGUGCCAGCGCGUAUGCGAUGACCACGUCUUCGAGCCCAUCUCUGUACUCUACACGCGCGGUAGAGACAUCUUCCGCUCGUCGACCAUCCGAGAUGCCAGCGAUCACUGCAGCGGGCUCAUCAUAUGACCAUUACCGUCGCAUCAGUUCGCCGUACGAUACAGCAGCCUAUACAAUGGCGCCCAGCCAGACCAUCCCCUCCAUCAGCGGAUUGACGCAAAGUCCUUUGCCAUCACCUCAUCUCGGUUCAUCAUCUGUACCACAAUAUAUGAGGUCAGUGUCACCCAACAUGUACGAGCAGAAUCCCUAUGGACAAUCUUACACGACAGCACCCCCGAACACACAGCUCUACGGCACAAGCCCACAGUACCCUGCACAGACCUACCCUGUCGGCAGUAGUAUCCCUCACGAGAAGGCUGGCGGCGGCGGCAGCGGCAGCAGCAUGGACUCUUCGAUGCGAGUGCUCAACCAGCGACCGAAACCGCAGUGUUGGGAGCACGGAUGCAACGGGCGGCAAUUCUCCACCUUUAGCAACUUGCUUCGCCAUCAGCGGGAGAAGUCGGGCACAUCAGCGAAAUCUUACUGCCCCAAGUGCGGCGCAGAAUUUACACGAACGACAGCACGGAAUGGACAUCUCGCACAUGACAAGUGUACGAAGCAGCGACGACCUUCGGAAGGGAAAUCAUCAUGA